UGUUCUUUUCGUGUUUGUUAUGUUCUGUCAAACGAAGGCACAGGAUGUAAAUCGACAUUACAGAAGUGCAUCACAUCGUCAUCAAAUGUGUAGAAAUUAGAACUUCGUGGAUUCCAGACGCACCACGGAACAAUGCGGAUCUACUCGAUAACUUUGCUGCUCCUGCUGGCCGUCGCGGCCCGUCUCACCCGGUGCGAUCUCAGCUACCAAAGGCCCAAGAUUCUGAUCGUCACGUUAAUCCGAAACAAGGAACAUACUCUGCCGUACUUUUUCUCUUAUCUGGAAAGCUUGGACUACCCGAAAGAUCGCAUCGCGCUGUGGAUCCGGUCGGACCACAACGAGGAUCGCAGCAUCGAGAUCACGAAAGCGUGGCUCAAGCGCACCUCGCGCCUUUAUCACAGCGUUGAUUUUGGCUACCGUAGCGACGUGGAACGUCGGCCGGACGAGCGCAGCAGCACGCACUGGUCCGAGGAGCGGUUCGCGGAUGUUAUCCGGCUGAAGCAGGAAGCGCUGGAGAAGGGCCGGAAGAUGUGGGCGGAUUUCGUGUUUUUCCUGGACGCCGACGUCUUCCUCACGAACCCCAAAACGCUCACCAAACUGGUCAGCCUCAGUCUGCCCAUCGUGGCCCCGAUGCUGCUCUCGGACGGUCUGUACUCGAACUUCUGGUGCGGCAUGACUCCGGACUACUACUACGAGCGCACCGAAGAGUACAAGGAAAUCCUAAACUACGGCAAAACGGGCGAGUUUACCGUGCCGAUGGUGCACAGCGCCGUCAUGGUCAACAUCAACCUGCUGGAGGCGAAGAAUCUGGCGUUCGAGACGAAACGGCUGCCACCGGGACGGUACGGGGGACCGCAGGAUGACAUUAUCAUUUUUGCCAUGUCGGCGAAUUACAGCGGCAUUCCGAUGGCCAUUUCGAACUCGCUGCUGUACGGGUACAUUUUGAUGCCGCUGGAGCAGGGCGAAACGGUGGAGAAGGAUCAUGAGCAGCUGACGAAUGUUAAGGUGUACGCGGUGAAUGAGUAUGGGUCGUUGGGCUUGAAGGAUGAUUUGAGGGGUUAUGUGGCGGAGGUUCCGAAAGAUAAGUUAAGCCUGUCGCACAUCUACAUGAUCAACCUGGAGCGGAGACCUGAGCGGAGGUUGAAGAUGGUGAACAACUUUGACGCGUUGGGGCUGGAGGUGGAGUACUUCCCGGCGGUUGAUGGGAAGAAGCUGAACGACAAUGUUCUGCGCGAGAUUGGUGUAGAGUUCCUGCCCGGUUAUACGGAUCCGUAUCAUAAGAGACCGAUGACCAUGGGCGAAAUUGGUUGCUUUCUAAGUCAUUACUACAUAUGGGAGAGGAUGGUUGAGCUUGGCCAGGAAGAAGUACUUGUCCUCGAGGAUGACAUUCGGUUCGAACCAUACUUCAAGAGGCGAGUCUAUCAGGUGUUGAAUGAUGCUCGCAGUAUUGGGGGUUGGGAUCUGAUCUACUUUGGUCGCAAGCGACUCCAAGAAGACGACGAAAAGUGGAUUGAAGGUAGCGAUGCUCUAGUUCAAGCUGGUUACUCCUACUGGACACUGGGCUACCUCAUCAACCUACAAGGAGCGAAGAAACUACUAGCCGAAAACCCCCUCAAGAAACUAGUCCCAGUGGAUGAGUACAUCCCGAUCAUGUUCAACAAUCACCCCAACGAAACGUGGCUCAACCAGUUCCACAACCGGAACCUGGUCGCUUGGAGUGCCGCCCCCUUGCUGCUCUACCCAACGCACUACACCGGAGACGACGGGUACAUCUCCGACACGGAAGACUCCGCCCAAAUUGACAAAGUGAUAAAGCUGACCAAUGACACGUUGGAUAGUUCCGCGGCGGAAAAGAAGGGUGACAAAGAGCAGCUGUUGAGCAGUAAGGUGCUGGUGGAAUCGGCCGUCAACGCCCGCAACGAGGACGAGCUGGACGCAAAGAAUCGACGGAUUGAGCUAUAGCGAAAGAAGUCGUAAUGCAACGUAAUACAAAAUGAGAUAUAAUCAAACGAAACUCACGUUAGGCUUAGGAAACAUGGAAUCGUGAAGCAAUGAAACUACUACCAAAAUUUAGAAUGUGCCUUAUUAAGUGUUAAGUGAAUCUGCGACUGCAUGUAAUCGCGCAAACUGCAUUUAUGUUUGAAUUAAAACUGCCCAAAUGAUAUUUUCUACGAUA